GCGCCGGCGACAAGGAGGAGCUUCCCGCGGCGUCGCACGCAGCCGCCGGGGACGGGGAGCCGGACGCGGGGGGCAGCGAGGGGACCGGUGGGCGUCUGAGCGCUGCGCUCCGCCGCCCCGACCCGUCCUGGGAGAAGGGGUUCGGUCCGUGCCUCCUCGCUCAGGCUUCCGCCCGCCGCCCGCCCGGGGACCCGAUGCGGCACACGUCGCGGGACAGACGGAAGCGCGCUGCGGACAGCCCCGCACAUGCCCCCGCGGUCGCCGUGCCCGGGCCUCGGCCGCACUUGCACGUGAGGCAGCAGAACACCCCCUCAUCUUGGAUUAUUUCCAGCAUCAAGACCUCCACAUGUCAGCAGUAGGCUCCUGAGGCGUUCCAUCCUCCAUCAUCUCCCCUCAGCUACCCUCUUAAGAAAGAGAGGGCCUUUGGGAAACACACUCUAAAAGUGCAGGCAGGCCAGCCAUGAGAGGGUACCUGGUGGUUAUAUUCUUGAGUUCCAUCUUCCUCUAUUAUCUGCUACAUUGUAUCCUGUGGAGAACAAAUGACUAUGGGGUCUCACCUCUGGAUUUAAUAAAGACGAAUAAAAGCAAUAUCCAGUAUUGUAAAAAAAAGCCACCUUUCAUCUCUCUCCUGAGGUUUCCUCGGUUUUACCCAUUUCUGUGUGCAGGUGAUUUUGAAAAGUCUACUUACGCGUACGGUAGCAGGAACUUUGCUUUGCCCUAUGGCACAAAGACAUCAGGAGGAUUUUUUCAUGCUGUCCUUUCACUACUGCCGAGUUGUGAUGUCUUUGAUGAGUUUGACAAAGUGCCCUGUAAAAAGUGUGUGGUGGUUGGAAAUGGAGGCGUGUUGAAGAACAAGACACUAGGUGCAAAGAUCGACUCGUAUGAUGUAAUAAUAAGGAUGAAUAAUGGUCCUGUUUUAGGACAUGAAGAGGAAGUUGGGAGAAGGACAACCUUCAGGCUUUUUUAUCCAGAGUCUGUCUUUUCAGACCCUACUCAAAAUGACCCCAAUACUACAGCUGUUCUCAUUGCUUUUAAGCCACAGGAUUUAAGGUGGCUGAUAGAAAUACUGACAGGUAGCAAAAUAGCCACUGAUGGAUUUUGGAAGCAACCAGCCUUAAACCUGAUCUAUAAUCGAUCUCAAAUCAGAAUAUUAGAUCCAUAUAUUAUCAGAGAAGCAGCUUAUCACUUUCUUCAUUUUCCCAAAGUGUUUCCCAAAGAUCAGAAACCCAAACACCCUACGACAGGAAUUAUCGCCAUCACAAUGGCGUUUCACAUAUGCAGUGAAGUCCACCUGGCUGGUUUCAAGUACAGCUUCCUCAGCCCAAACAGUCCUUUACACUACUAUGGAAAUGCCACCAUGGCUUUGAUGAAACAGAAUGCUUAUCACAAUGUGGCUGCAGAACAGCUCUUUUUAACGAAUAUUAUAAAGAAGAAAAUGGUAAUCAACCUAACUCAAGAUUGACGAUAUAGAUUUCAAAAGAUGACGCUAAACAGUAUUAGUUUUUAUUUUUGUACUGCAAAUUUUAGUUUAUUUUUAAAUAUGUUGAACUUGUGAAAUAAUUAUGUAUAUUAAGUCUGUUGCUGCCUGGUGAUUUAUAACCACCAGCUUAAUUUCUAUGAAUGUAUUUAUGAAAAACACAAAAACCUUUUAGUUAAGAUAUCAGGGAAACAUGUAAAGUUUUGAUUGUGUUUUUUAAAAAACAAGCUGGUGUCUUGAGUUGUUUUAAAAUACCCCUUUGUAGUUCGCUUAUGUGAAGGGCUCUAGGAUAUUUAGAUACGUAUUAAGAUUGGUUGUUCCUGGGCACGUGACUGGGAACCAGGUGCAGAAAACUGAAACCGACUGGUUGUGGAAGUCCAUGGUACUCAUGGUGGUUUAGUUAAGUCCCCCCUGUAAUUGAUGAAAGCAGCAAUUGGCUGUGUUAGGGAGUAAACCAGAGCCUUGUACAAGUUAGGAAAGUACUCUCGCACCAACGAGCAUCUUGAGAGUUUGCUUUUUGGGGAGAUAGGUUCUUCCUAUGUAGCCUAGGCUGGCCUUGAACUUGGUUCUCUUGUCUCUGUCUCCCUAGUUCUGGGAUUACAGCUUUGUGCCACUGUAUCCUACAGCACCAAUUUUAAAAUACCUUUUUCUUUAAAGACAGAGUCUAUGUAGCUUUGGAUGGCCUAGAAGCCAUAAUGUAGUCCAGGCUGGCCUUGAACUCAGAGUUGAGCCUACCUCUGCUUCCAGAGAGCUGGGAUUAAAAGGUGUAUGUCAGUUGACCUGUUCAAAAUAAAAAAAAACACCAAAAAAACAAACAAACAAAAAAAAAAAAAAACCAAAAAAAAAGCAAGUUCAAGAAUGAGCAAAUUUAUUUUCCUAGUUUAAUGUAGUCAUUAAAUCUUAAGUGUUUAUUUGAAACAAAUUAGAAAAGUAAAACAAUGCAAGUAAAGCCUUAAGAUUUGAA